AUGGCGAACUCUACAGGAAAAGAAACAAAUUUCGUAGUGAUGCGCAUAAUUCUUCUGAUACCGAAUUUGCCACCUUACACUAAGUUUUCGAAGAUACCAAUUGCCCCGACCAAAGAUCAUAUUGGAGCCUUAGAACCAAAUAGUGCUUUAAAUAAUGCUGCUCAAUUGUAUGAAGGAAAAAUACAAGGCCCUGAAGUUUUCCAAAUACUGAAUGGCGAGUUAUACACGUCUCUUGGUACCGGCGAAAUUGUAAAGUGCUCUUCUGGAGGGCAUGUAACAUUUGUUACUAAACUUGGACAGCCCUGUACGGGAUUGACUCAAGAGCAUAUAUGUGGUAGACCAUUAGGCUUUAGUAUAGAUGAAAAUAAACAUUUAAUGUAUGUGGCUGAUGCUUAUUACGGUAUUUGGAGAGUAGAUCUCAAGACUGAUAAAAAGCAAGCCUUAGUUACACCAGAUGUGCCUAUAGAGGGGAAAAAACCUAAACUCUUUAACUCUGUUGCUGUGGACAAGAAAGGUGGAGUCUACUGGACAGAUUCUAGUAGUGAUUUCCCUUUAAAAGAUGGGGUGUUCAUUGGCUUAUCAGAUCCCUCAGGAAGACUACUCUACUACAGUCCUGAGACUAAGAAAUCAAAAGUUCUAUUUGAUAAUAUGUGGUUUGCAAAUGGAGUAGCUCUUUCACCUGAUGAAAGCUUUGUAGUUGUUGCUGAAACAAUGCAGUAUAGAAUACUCAAGUAUUACAUUAGUGGACCUAAAAAAGGAAAAACUGAGGUGUUUGUGGAUGGGUUGCCUGGUACACCUGAUAACAUUCGUGCGUUGCCAGAUGGUUCUGGGCUUCAGAUAGCAUUGUAUUCUGCUUCUGACGACAAAACACCGUUGAUCGCCAAAACGGUAUCAGAUAUUCCACCACUAAGAAAGUUUAUCGCACGAGCAGCACGUCUCAUAGAAAUGCCUUUUGAAUUUUUAAAUACCCAAUUCCCACAUUACAUAUUUGAGGAAAUAAUAUAUUUCAUUGGCAAUUUUGCAAGUUUGUCUGGUCUCAGCGAUAUAUCUGGUCUAGUGGUAACAGAUUGGAAUGGCAAUAUUAUUGCAUCUUACUACAACACUGACAAAAGUGUUGCGCACAUCAGUGAUGCUAUAGUAUAUAACAACAAAUUAUUGUUAGGUUCCCCACAUAGUCAGAACUUCAUUGCAGCUGUAGAAGUACCAUCUCUUUUAAAGCAAGCUUAUACUCCAAGUGUCAAACAGAAUGUUCAUCAAAAAACUGAACAAAUACAAAAACCUAAAGCACAGGCCAGAGAAACAACAACCACUGACAAGCCAACUACUACCCAAAAACCUGUUACAACUAAUAAACCAGAACAGAAAGUAAAUACUGAAGCAUCCAUAACACAGAAACCUGUAGCAAAACCAACUACACCUGAACAAAAAGUUGUAACAGAAAAGCCAACAACUGAAAAACCCAAGACUACUAAACCCGAACAAAAAAAAGUAACUAAAAAGCCAGCAAAUGAAAUACCUUCUACACCUGAACAAAAAAUUACAACUGAAAAGCCAACAACACAAAAACCCAUAACAAAGACUAGUUCCACAGAACAUCCACACAAGAGUACACCCGCUUCGCAACCACAAAAAGUGCAGUCCUCUGAAGCCCCAAAGCCUAAAAUUAAACCAAAUAUUGUAAAAGAACCAGAGGCAAAUCUUAAACAAAAAUCCAAACCAAGUUCAGAAGACAAUAAACCUACCAGUAAGCCAGUAAAGUCUGAAAAUGUCAAAGUUAAGAAUGAGCAAAUAAAUAAUAAGGAGGCUCCACCAAAGAAAGAUAUCCCAAAACACAUUCCAAUCGAAGAAGAAAUUGUGUCAGAUACUUUAAAACCAAGUAAAGACAAAUUGAAAGUAAUUAAGAAGAGUGGACCGGAAGAAAUACCAAACCCUCGAAUUUAA